UUGCAUAAGCAAAGUUCAGAUAAUCUGAAUGAAAGUGUGUUUCCCAAGGUGAAUAAAUUAUACACUGGCACAACAGACUCACAAGAGCUAAUUGAGUAAGUAAUAGCAUUUGAUGUCUUCACUAACGCUUUAUAAAAAUUAAAAUUUAUUCCUUGUAAUUAUGUAUGAAAAAUAUUCAUUGUAGUGCAAAUUCUUUUCUUAGGCAUAAAAGUUUAAUUGGAUCGCAAUCUUUUAUGGCAACCACUUCUUUGCUGUUUCUAAAUAUAUAAAGAUAAUUUAUCACUUCAUAUCUGAAGUCAUUCUCUGUCAGUUCUUAUUUUGAAUAGAAAGAAUGGUCUUAUGUUCAUUUAAAACUAGAUAUGCAGAUCAUGUGUGUUAACUUUUAAUUACUUAUUAAUUCCAUUUUCAUCACAGUUUAGACUUUUGCCAAACUCAUUCUUCUUAUCUGUGGUAUUCAUUAUCAUAUAUGUAUCAUCUAAACUUAUUUUCUGCAUGCAUUUCUUGAUAGAGAAUUUUUGUUUUAGAUUUCAUCCUCCUGAUGCAUGUUUAUUUGAAUUGUUGCGAUUCCGUAUUCGCCCACCAAAGAAUCGAGAGCUUCCUUUGCAGGUCAGAGUUUUUAUGACUGUCAGCAAUACCAGAGUGGAAAUUAGAUCUGAUAUAUUGGUUCCAGGUUACAGCAGUAGAAAACAGGGUCAGGUCCCAUGUGAAAACAUUCAGAUACGUUUUCCUGUACCUGAAUGUUGGAUUUAUUUAUUUCGCACUGAAAAGCACUUUCGUUAUGGUUCUAAAAAAUCAGCUGCAAGAAGACCAGGGAAAAUAAAGGGCUUGGAACGAAUAAUAGGUGCAGCUCAGAAUCUUGAUACAAGUCUCAUAGAAGUAUCAGCUGGUCAAGCAAAGUAUGAACAUGUCUUCCAUGCUGUGGUUUGGCGUAUUCCUCGCCUUCCAAAAGAAGGACAAGGAGCAUAUACACAGCAACUGUUCCUGCUUCGUACAGAACUGACAUCAUUUGACCAAAUACCUGAAGCGUUUGAACAGUAUGUAGAUGUUGAAUUUACUAUGCCUGCUACAUAUGUAUCCCACACAACUGUUCGUUCUGUAUCUGUGACUAAUCCUAUACCACCUGAAAAAUAUGUGCGUUAUAUCUCUAAGCAUGAAUAUAAGGUAGAGAUCGAUUUCAAAAAAAGCUCUGAUGAAAUUGAUGGUUUGAUGGCACCUAAUGUAAAUGUACCUGUUACUACUACACCAGUUGUACAAGAAAGCAUUGAAGAUGAAGAAAAAGAUGAUGACAGUGGUUAAAUAUUCCAUUUUUGAGAGCUUGUCACAGCAUGCAAAUAAGAUAUGUGGUGUAAUUGGUUUAUUCCUGUUCAUGUGUAGUAUAUCAAUGUAAUAUAUUGCAUAUUUGCGGACCAGAUAUUUAUGUUAAAUGGAAGAAAAUGGCUCUGACAUCUUGGGUAAAACAAUAAAUGUUAAAACUGCUGAUUAAACAUGAAAAUUAUGUUUGUUGUACAUUGAAAUGUUUUUGAAAUUAUAUUAUAGUUGGAUUGUUAGUAAUGUGUCUGACCAGUGCGUGUACAAGCUGUCUAAAUGUUUCCUCUGGAAUUAGUUUCUGAUAAAAUACUCCAUAAAAUAACUGCUUUUCCAUGUUAUCUCACUUUGUCUACAGUAAGUGUUAAAAUUUUAUUUUCAAAAAUACAGUAGAAAUUAUAUAUUACUUUUAUCUUUUUUUAAUCUAGUUUGAAGUGGUAAAAAUAAUUCGAAGCCAUUUCUAACAAAUACUUUCCCUCAAUAUUAAUCCAUCUGAAGCUGAAGUCUUUAUUAUGCAAUGAUUCUUACGAGCUGGAACUUUUCUGUUUUGAAACAAUACAGCCAACAAUGCAUUAGAUGCAUUUUUGACUUUAUUGGAUAAGAUAGAUGAAUGGAGCAUUGUCAGCUUUAAAUGGGUUAACACACUAUUUAAUAUUUAAAGGAGAACGAAAGCACUGUAGUUUAUAAAGACAAUGUAAUAAAAUAUUAAAUAUUUUAUGUAAUGGUGAAAAGCUGUUUGAAAUAUUGUAGUAGUAUAAUUACAAUGUACUUAACAUUUUUGCUUUACUUUCCACAAUUGGAAACGAAAUUCCACAAAUUUAUUUUAAUAUACAACUAUUAGUAAAUAAAUAAUUUUGUACUCUAAGUUUUAAAGUAAUUUAUGUAUUUUAUAUUUCAGAGUAGUAAAAUUCUUUGACUAUUUUAAUAAGUUAUCAAAUUUAAUAUUGGUGAAUUUUUAAAUAUGAUAGAAUUAUUAAAAAGUAUUAAUUUUACUGAUAUCAGAUGUAGCAUGUACUGCAGUCAGAGCUAAGUGAUGAUAUAUAUGAAAAAUAAAA